AUGGGCCAGACCCACGCCAAGCGAGGAGAGGCGGACGAGCUCGGCGGCGUGUGUCGAGAUGGCAAGCGUGAAGCGGCCAUGCGCGAAGAGGAGCAAAAGCGAAGCUCACUGGCGGAGGAGGUACGACGCAAGGAGGCGCAGCGCGAGCUCAAGGGAAAAGCCAAGCUGACCGAUCGAGACAUCGAAGAAGAAGAAGAAGAAGAAGCGGCGACCACGACCCGCCGUCAAGAGCGGCAGCCGCAACCACACGUCGAAGCGGUGCAGCACGAAGUGCAAGAACCGCUCGCCGUGUUCGGGCCACAGCUGCUUGGAUCCGACUCCUUCCAUGCGGACCUAGAGCGCCAGAAGCAAAUCGAAGCCAGCCUCGAAGAGUUGCGUGAAUCGGAGAGGUGGAAAGCCAUCGAGCGGCAGCGGGCGCAGGGCAAGCCCGCACGGACAGCCAAUGUCGAAGCGCUCGGCAUGCGGCAUCCCCAUGGGGGCGGAGUAACGCCUCGAAGCUCGUCAAUGCCCGCCGCCCGCCACACGAGCAAAGCCAGUGACCGCCAGGGAGACACAAGGGAGACCCCGAGGCAGGAAGGGGUCUUCCUGGUGCGCGCCCUGGACCACUUCAAGGGCAACAUGCGGUUCGAGCACGAGACGAAAGGGAAUAGAAAGCGCAGGCAGCUCCGUUUCAAGCUCCACGACGUCAUCCAGGUCACCUCAGUGAACACGGAGGACGGCCUCUACUUCGGUACACUGAUCAAGACCGGCAAGACCGGGUGGUUCCCGUACUACUACGUUGUGCACCUAGCCUAG